CUGUAUUUGCUACACAGAAGGGUUCAUCUGUUAACUUUUACUAGUUACUGCCUGAACUAUUGUGUAUGUUCUUUGUUUAUGCUCUUUAUUUAACAAUGCUGAUUUUACUUAAUAAGAAUUUUGAUGAACCGAAUUGUGUUUAUUAGUAAGAUUAACCAAGAAUAGAUUCAUUCAAUAACAUAACAAGAUAAACACAGAAGUUCUAAAAGUUGAAAAAGAAGUUAUAUUACAGAUGAGCACCAUCAUCCCUUAUGAAGUAGUAUACUCAUCCAGUUAUGAUGAUGGUUACAUUGCAAAAGAUUUGGAGAAUCAGGUUUGUGAUUCAAGUUCAAAAGGUUGGCAAUCAGCAAGAUUUUGUGUAUAUCCUCAAGAAAUAGUUUUAAUGCUAAACAAAACUGCAAGGAUAAAAAAAGUACAAAUUCUUUCUCAUCACUGCAACAUAGCAAGCAAAAUUGAAAUAUUUGUUGGUUCACCAAGUAAUUUUGAUAGAAACUCCAUUGAGAAUAUGUUAUCAGCUUGCAAGUUUAAUAGACUAGGAUAUGUUAUUAUGUCUUCAAAUAAAGAUUCAGAUUUCAAGGCUCGUGAAUUAAAAUCUGUACAUGUCACAGCUGAAUGUUUGCUUGUUAAAUUUAUUAUACAUGAGCAUUAUGUUAAUCAGUUGAACAUUUAUAAUCAGGUAUCUAUAAUUGGAAUUAAUAUAAUUGGAGAAAUUAUAGAAGAUGAAAGUUUGAAUACUAAAUAUAAAAAAAAAGAUUUUAUGCAGUCAGAACAUAUUCAAAAUACUACAGAUUUUUUAAUUACACAAGGUUUCAAUAAAGUAGAUACUGACGUAAUUCAUAGACAUCAAGUCACACAUUCACCAGAUUUUUUAAAAAACUCAUCCAGUGUUAUUUUACCUUCAUUGAACUUGAUUGAGAAAAAAGAUGAGUCUUUACAAUCUUCAAAAUAUCCUCUCCAAUCCACAGAGCUACCUAAUAUUUAUAAAAACAAUUUUAUUGUAAGUAAGAGUGAGUCAUCAUUGGAAAAAAAACUCAAUUUAAACAAUUUUAUCCAUGAUGUGGAGAUUGAUGCAGAUUCAUGUUUACCUAACCUUAAUGAAAAAGAAGAGAGAGAGUCAUCUACCAUAAUUGAUGUUUUUGGCAUGAACAUGGCACAGAAGCUGUUUUCAAAAUCAUGGAAGCAUCGUCUGGAACUUGUAACAAAACUUCGUGCAGAAAUUGCUUCUACUGAUCAUAGUAUAUCGGUUGAUGAAGCUUGUGCCAUUUCUUCUAUUUUAUUUAAAAUUCUUCAGGAUCAGGUGUUUGUGGUUUUUAAUGAAGGACUUAAUUUGCUAAAAGACUUUCUUCUAAAUAUUCCUCAUAAAAGUUUGGGAAGAGGAGAAACUUCUGUUGUUGCUGAAAAAUUAUUGUCAAUAAUCUUGAAGCGUACUGGUGAUUCAAAUUCUAGAUUGCGGGUGGCAAUAUCUGAUGCAGUUAUAGAAAUUUCAUUGUUUCCAGUUUUAAAGAUUAUUGGAACAUUACCUGACAUUAUAGUGAAACUUGUUAAAAAAAAGAAAAAUUUGUCGUGGAGACUAUUGAAAAGUCAACUCAAAAUAAUGGAGGCUUUGAUAAAAAGUUUAGGACUAAAUACAUCUGGAGGUUUUUCAACUGAACAAGUGAUGAGUAUACUUACAGUCAGUCUAGAACAUCCUAACAAUGAAGUUAGAGAAGCAAGUUUGAGCUGCUUUUUUGAAGCAUACCAUUAUGUCAAAGAUAUAAGAUCUUAUUUACCUCCGGAUAAUCCGAGCUCACGAAAAAAUCCUUUGUACAAUAAAAUUUUUGAUAUGCUCGAAAAGGCCGAUGAAAGUCUUGAAAUGAAACAGACAAGAUUUCAAGCAAAACACAUUCAAUCAAAAGAUUUUCAAUUGGAAACCAUUGAUACUGCUAAUAAAAAUAAAUCAAAUGUCAUUCUACCUAGCAAUUGUAUGAAUGUUAAGGUUUUGACGAAGGAAGCUAUUUCGCAAUGCUCAGGAGCUGUUAAAGCCUUAAGUAUAGGACUUGAAGAUGAAUAUAUUAGCAAAAUGUGCGUAUUUUGUGGAAAUAGUGAAAAUGAUUUAGAUAUUCAUUAUUGGAAAAGUUGUUUUAUGUUAAAGCCAUGCGAUAUCUGUUGUCAGGUUGUGGUUGAAAUUUGUGGAAUGAACAAGCAUCUAGUUGAAGCUUGUGAAGAUAAAAAAAACUAUCAAACCUGUGGCAAAUGUCAUCUCAGUGUUAAGUGCACAGAUUUUCGUCAACAUCUAGAGCAAUGCAAAGAUUUGCUAAAAAGUGAUCAAGUCGUAUGUCCUCUUUGCUUUUGUGUUGUCAUUGAUAAUGAGCAGAAUUGGAUUGAACAUUUGAAGAACUUAUGUCCUCCAAAUAUAUUUCGUUUGAAGGUUGCAAAGUGAGAAAAGAACAAAUAUUGCGAGAGAAAUAGCAGCUAACGACGGAGUAUGUGGUAGCAGUUAACGUUAAAAUCUUGUAAAAUUUUACAUCUUAAAAAGAAAAGUAUUUAUUUAAAAUAAUAUAA